AUGAGGAGUGCAGCCUCUGUGACGGAUGAGGAGGCAACGAUAUACUCUCCGGCAACGUCGAUUGACAACGAGAAGCAUGAGUCGCUCAAGACAAGCUCAACAGUGCACCCCCCCGAUCGAGGGUUGCACGCAUGGCUUUUUCUGGCCGGCUCCUUUUUAAUCGAAGGUCUAGCACUUGGCUUUCCUGGUGCCUACGGUGUAUUCCAAGACUAUUACAGCACACACCUACCGUUCCAAAACGACUCGAGCUUGCCAACGGUCUCUACCUGCGCCAUGGGUAUCAUGUAUCUAGGCAUGCCCGUCACCAUGGGAAUCCAACGACUUUCCCCUCGAUUGAGCGCUUGGUCUCCUCUUAUCGGCAUCUUCGUUAUGGCGGGCGCCCUUGUCGCCGCCUCAUUCGCCACGACAGUCUCCCACUUGAUCGGCACACAAGGGAUCCUUUUCGCGGUUGGAAGCUCACUAUCGUACUGUCCUUGUAUCGCGUUUCUCAACGACUGGUUCGACCGACGAAAGGGCAUGGCCUACGGAAUCAUGUGGGCAGGCACCGGGCUCUCGGGCUCCGUUCUCCCCUUUGUGCUGCAAUAUCUCCUAGGCGGUUAUGGAUAUCAAUACACAUUAAGGGUCUGCGCCGUGGCUCUUGUGGUCAUUACACUUCCUGUGGUCUAUUUUGUCAAGCCUCGUCUGCCGCCCAGUCAGCUCAUUCCUCAAAGCAACCCAUUCAACUUUCGCUUUACACUAAGCCAGACAUUUAUGCUGCAUCAACUCGCCAACGUUUUCCAGGCGUUGGGCUUUUUCCUGCCGAGCAUCUUCCUACCAACUUAUGCGCGAUCGGUACUCGGCGCGAGUGAGUUUGUGGCCGCAAGCACAAUCUUGCUCCUCAACCUCGCCUCGACUGUUGGAUGCCCUACCAUGGGCUGGCUAUCCGACAACUACCACGUUGCUCGAUGUUUGUUCAUCGCCACUGUCGGCGCUUCGUUGGCCACGUUUCUGCUUUGGGGUUUCACGACUACAGUGCCGUCGCUGCUCAUCUACUGCGCCUUCUACGGCUUGUUUGCGGGCUCGUAUACAUCGGCUUGGACUGGGCUCAUGCGGCAGAUUACGACAGAUGAUACUAUUAGUGACAGAUAUUCGUGCGAAGAUACAGACCCAGUGAUGGUGCUUUCAGUGCUUGCUGCCGGUAGAGGCAUUGGAAGCGUCUUGUCUGGCCCCCUCAGCCAGGCGCUGGUGGGUGACUACUGGCAUGUGCGCACAUACGGCGCGUACGGCACGAUGUAUGGACCAUUGGUCAUUUUCACAGGGCUCACUGCUGCGCUGAGCGGAAUUGUGCUGUUUUGGAGACAUAUUGGGUGGAUACAUUAA